AUGGGAAAUAACAAUUCCUUCACCAACACCAUCGCCAUCACCAUUGGGACCGAACAGGAACACCAACUUUUCCAGAUCGUUCAGCAACCGCGGUGCUUCUUCGCCCGUCACGCAAAGAUCCCAGGCUACCCUUUCUCGAAUAUCGGAACGUUCGCCUCAUCAGUCUAUGAUCAGUGCAGCAAAUGGGCCGAUGAUAUCGCCAUCAACUCGCUCUUCUUACCAUUCCGCAAUAAACCCUCUCGAUAG